UUUUUGAUUAAGGGAGAUAUUAUGGAAGAAGAUAAAGCUUUAGAUAAGAAAGUAGAUAGGGAUGAUGGGAUUGGUAAUGAGGAGGUGCCAGAGAGGGAUACGAAAAUGAAAUCUCCUAAAGAAAAUAAAAAGAUCAAGAAAACAGAUCAGAAGAAAUGAGAAGAAGAAUCUAAAUCAGCUUCAAAAGCUAGCACCAACAUUUUCCAAGUACGAUAAUUUAAAGAUAGUUUGAAGAGAAUUCAAGCAAAGUAAUUGACCAAAAUUAUAGAGGAACAGCAAGCAAAAGCAGCCAUACUUCUGCCAACGCUUAAAAGAAGUCUUGGUAAACUACAUCAUAGCUGAGGAUUCACAGAAAAUUGAUUACAGGUCUUUCAUAUCCCCAGAUGAUCGUAAAGACUUUGACAAGAGAGAGGAGAGCAUUGAGGUUGAAUUUCUUGAAAUUAUUGAUAAAUACGCAGAGGAAGGAAACGAAACCCAAGGCUAUAAAUAAAGCAGAAGAAAUUCUUUUUAAAUUUAUUGAGACUCACACAGACCAGACAAACUACAAGCUUAACAUUGUUUUCCCAGAAAUUGAAGGAGAUGUAAAAGAGAAAAAUGACAGAAGAAAAUUAGACAAAUUAAAGGUAAAAGAAGCUCUGGGAUACGCCUACACUUACAAUGGGUAUUUCUACCUUGGAAUUGCUCAGUAUGAGCUUGAAAAAUACAAAGAAGCAUCCUCAAAUUUUGAAAUUGCUUCAAGGUUCACUCCACAUAACUCAGAGGUUAAUUUUUACAAAGGAAUGAGUUUCCUUAAAGACGGGAAAUAUGAUGAUUGUAAAGCCGCCUUUAAGAAAUGUAUUAAGUAUGACAACUCCAACAUCACUGCUGUUAGCAACCUCGCGUAUGCCUAUAACAUCUCAGGUCAUUAUGACUCAGCCAUAAAGGUUUGAGAGGAUUAUAUCGAUCAUGUUGAUCAAAAUGCACCAGAGUAUUACAUGUACCUAAGAAAUUGGACUUAUGCACUCAUCAAAGAAAAAUUCUUUGUUGAUGCUAUUGUGAAUAUCAGAAAAGCCAUUGAGAUUAACCCAAGAGAUCCAGAAAACUGGGUGAUGUGGGGAACUGUUCAAAAGAUUAAUGGAGACUUUGCCAGCGCAAAAAAUAAGUUUGAAAUCGCUCUAAAAAUCGAGCCAGAGCAUUCUUUAGCAACCCAAGAACUGUACCAAAAAGGACUAGACAUAUUUAUCUCAAACAUAUCCGCCGAAUAAUCCUCUCUCAAAAUCCUAAAACCCCAUUAAAUGCAUAAAAACCA